AUGACGCAGAAAGAGAUGACCGCUCUUCUCUUCGAGGCAUCCUGGCAAGAUCCAGACCGGUUCGUGCAGAAGAUCCAAGAGAUCUAUGACAUAUUCGGCGAGGAGGAAGGAGACAGGCAGAUCAAAUUGCUGGAGAAUCCUUACGGGCAUGGCAGAAGUCGAGAGUUCCCCAGCUAUGCGCUCACCAUACUGCCAGAGUACUGCCACAAGAUCCUGCACCGGGGCAAAACGUGGGAAAUUCGUGGUCAAGCCUGUCGAAAGCAUCUGAACGAGCGAAUCUGCAUUGCAGAAUCCGGUUCAGGCAUGCUCGUCGGGGAAAUGACGAUUCGGGAAUGCCUUCGUGUCAGCAGAGAAGAUCUUGAAGCAAAUCCGCAGCAGCACAUGAUCGACAACCUGGACGUCAUCCAGUACAAAACAAUAUAUGCUUGGAUUGUAACGGAUGUUGGAGCCUAUUCGCAGCCGGUACCAUAUCAACGUCCGGUGGGGACCGUGAACUGGGUGGACCUGAACUACUACAAGACUGAAAGAAACUCCAAGAAACUCCCCGGUGCCACAGGAUGCGCUCGCGCCGACUGCAAUUUCGGCUUGGGCAAGCAAGGGGGACGUGGAAGACCAUAUGUGCGUCACUCAGAUGGCACCAAGUUCGAACACUGUCUCUUUUGUUCCAGUGACGCUUUGCUUGCAGCUCUGCAUGAUCACGAUGGUCAAAGCAUCCACAGAGCUCUGGCCAGACUGGCACGAAGAGAUGCUGCAGUGCGCAACGAGGCAUUUCAGCGCAUCCAGAACGUGCUCGAAGCCCGAGUGGCGUCCAGGUUCGCACCUCGUGGACAGAAGCGCAAGCUCGCAAGCCUGUCAUGGGAUCGGGUGCUGGAACAUCGACAGCCGCUGAUACGUGUAGAUGAGCAAUCACGGGCUGCUUUCGCUGCCCAAGAAAGCAAGUGUAAAGAACGCCUUCGACGCAAGUUUCCCUCCAUCUACGCCGAAGAUGCUCGCGAGGAGUCGAAAUGGAUGCCUCCUCGCGCGGCUGCAUUCCGCACGUGGUGCCUGGAGGAUUCCUGGCGCGCGUGUUCGAAAUGCAGGCGCAUGGUGCCGCAACCCUUCCAAGCCAGCCACGCCAAGGGAUCUGCAAAGAGGGACCCACAGUUUCCGGCAUGCAGUCAUUGCAAGUCGGCAGGAAGCCAGGGUUACUGGGCUCCAACUCCAGAGGACGUGCCGCGGAAGUUGCGCAAGCUUUCCGUCAGGAUUAUCGAAGCACUUCGACCCUUCGACGUGCACACUGGAGGUACGUUCCGAGCACCAAACGGCUACCUGGUCCACAGUGACAUGAUGCAGUUUUCCUUCAAGCGAAUCUCAGUGGAGGACGCUUUGGCAAAGCUAUCGAAACGAGAACGUCGACGAGGAGAAAAAGCGCUCCUAUACUUGUUGCGAUCAAGGAGCCCUUCGGCGUACGCUCGCUUUUGGCAAUUGCAUCAUCGGUUUCUGGACAGCAGGCACCGUGCCAUCCAGCGAGGGGAGACAUGGUCCGGAGCACCCGUGAAGCGUCUGCCUGCCAACUUCAUCGAGACCGUAGGGCUGGAGUGUGCGCUGUGGCCACACUUAUACUGGUCCCUUGACAUGACGGAAACGUAUGUCAGAUCCCAGGAUGCACGGAGACUCAGACGGGUUCGACAGUCCCUGGAUGCAGACAUUGCAGAAGAGGAGGGAGACAAUGCUGACACGGGACCUUCGGUGGGUACGAGGCAGAGCGCCAAGGCGAGCUUCCUGGCCAAAGUACACUCGGCAGUGAUCGGAUACAACUCUGACGAGAAAUUGCUUCACUUCGUCUAUGACCUCUGGCUGUUCACCACUCUGGGCGGGGCCAAAAACUCCGCCGGCAUCGGCAUUCGGGAGGCAUUGGCCAGCAAGCCGUACUCGCCAGAGAUGUGGCGCACGUAUCACACGGCGCUGGUGGACCUCCAGAAGCAGAUUGGAUGGCCCAGCCUGUUCAUUACCAUAGCACCCUACGAAUGGUCUUUUCCCUACCAUCGUUGGCUGGAGGACUCCGGAUCGAAAGAAUGUAGCCUAGCGUCUUACGACGAACUCGCCAAAAGCUUGAAGGAACGGCUGCACAUGCCUGUCGCCGAGACCCUUCACUUGGCUCAUGUACUCACCCAUGCUGUGAAAGGAUUGCUGGCGAACAACAAGGACGGCAUCUUCACAUCUGGACGAGGACAUGGAAGAGUCUGCUAUUGGGUGGCUAGGCUGGAGUUUCAAGAUGGCAAGCGUAAACGAGGCGUCCAUCGCGACCCUCAGUUCUACCACGGGCACGCCUUCGAGAGAUGCUGCCGCGCUUAUCUGCCGGACGUACUUGCGGCCCUACGCUGCCACGUGGAUGUGCAGGCAUCGGAUGGACGAGCUAUGGUGCUAAAAUACUGCGCCAGUUCCCCGGCAGAGAACCGCUAUCUUCCGAAGUUCAGCAGCUCCUUUGCGCAGGAGUUGCUGAACGAUCAGGCCAGCGAUUUCUCAUUGGCGCGUCGCAUUCUUUCAGACUAUCACCCGCUGCAGCCGGAGAUGGUCACGCAACUUGCUGCGCAGCAGCACUCGCAGUUCAUCUGUCCAGGUAUUGUUCGGAAGUUCAUCGUUCCAGUGCCAUGGGAAAGGGACAUGCCAGACAUCGUGCAGCGCUACAUGACUUGUACGUGGCGAAGAGAGAACAUGAGCUUGCUGGAGUUUCUACGCAAAUCUGGCUCCAAUGGGCAGAUCUCGCAGAGAUAUCGGCGGGAGCAUCGCUCUCGAAAGAUCCAGAUUCCCCUGGAAACUUGGAUCAACAGUCAACCUGCAGAUGGACAGACAUUGGUUGCCGCCAUCACCUACAGUAGGGCGAGUGAUCGACACUACGGCCAGUGGCUGCUUCUGAACGUGCCGUUUCGCAAGGUGGACGAUCUAUGGCACCCCGAUGCAGAGCGUCUGCCGCACAGUCUGCGACACCUCGGAUUGUGCCUGUUACAUCGUCCAGCCUUCUGGAGAAAUCCUGAUCGUCCAGCAGCCGAAAUGGAGCAAGAGGCUCGUACGGACCUGCACAUCAAAAACUUCCUGAGCAUGCUGCAAGGCCGAGUGGAACUGAUAGAUGCAUACAUCUCUGGAGACUUGACGCUGGCCGAGAACCCAAGCCCUGCAUUGCAUGGUUCUGCCUUGACCUCACGUGGAACGAUCCAGCUUGCGGCAGAGCAAAAGCUCGUCAUGCAAACAAUCACGAAUCGUGUGGAAGCCGCUCUGCAGGCUAAGUGGCCUGGCGAUGCAGACGAUGUGGAAGCAUGGGGCGUCUGGCUCGACCAAAAUCAACAUAGACCCUUUCAAAACAAGGUGUCGGUGGUGCUGGGUCCAGCAGGCAGCGGCAAGAGCACGGCGGUGGAGAUUGCCCUGGAGCAUGCGGUUCGAAACGGUGCGCAUGUUGGUGUAGCCUGCCCCACCGGCAUGCUCGCCACACAGUACAAAACUCGACACCCGGAUCUGGACAUCGACACCGUGCACGGCAUGUUUGCCCUCCACAAAGACGAGGCCACCACGCUCGAGAUGAUGAAGAUAUACGACAUGAUCGUGAUCGACGAGGUGGGGCAGCUCCCGACCAGAAUCUUCGACAGGCUUCUACGGCUGUGGGAUGCAGCGGACCGUCGGCCCGCUCUCGUCUUCGUGGGCGACUUCUGCCAGCUGACGGGCGUGGAUGGCACCACGGCGAGAGACAGUCUCAGGUGGGACCAAAUGCACAUCAUGGCGCUGCAUGAGAUGCGUCGCUGCAAAUGCGAGCGUCUCAAAUGGAAGCUGCAGCUGCUGCGAAGUGCCAUUCCAUCCAAGAAGCAACUCAAGCAAAUCCUGAAAAACCAUAGAGGGCCGCGAAAUCGUCCACGAGGCAGCAACGCACCUACAGCAGCUGACAUUGCUGACAUCUUGCGUGAGACACCAGAGACGACCUUCCUCACUGUCUCCAGGCGUGGUUCUACCAGGCUAAACCAGCUUGCAGUGCAGUGUCUCUUCGCACAAUCGGAGCCGUUGGACCGCAUUCCAUGCGAUCCAGAGGAGAAUAUGGAUAAUUUUCACGGACAACAGCAAGCGGCCGUCCGUCCUCACUGGCUUAUGAUCUACGAGGGCCUGCGGGUGAGAAUCACCAGUAACGAGGACAAAGAGAGAGGAUUCGUCAACGGCAUGGCAGCGACUGUGCAGCGAAUGAG